AUGUUGCUGAGCUGGCUGCAAUUGCACAUGUUGCUGCUGUCCUGCUUUCUGCUGUUGAUGCUGCUGCUGCUGCCCCUGCUGCUGUUCCCGCUGCUGCUGCUGCUGCUGCUGCUGCUGCUGCUGCUGCUGCUGCUGCUGCUGCUGCCCUUGCUGCUGUUCCCGCAGCUGCUGCUGCUGCUGCUGCUGCUGCUGCUGCUGCUGCUGUAG